CUCCUAAAGGGGGAUGGAGUUUGAAGGGUUGGGGUAGUCCAGAGAAAAGCAGUGAUCAAAGGCAUAAAAGAGAGGUGGGCGGGACCAAGUCUAACUCAUAGGGAGGAGUCGGGAGUUGGGAAUCAGCACAAGAGAUCAAAUUCCUCCGGGGUGAACUCAGAGAUAAAAGGCUGACACUGUAGGCUUGCUGAGGUAGAGACGGCAGAGACUGUCCACUUUCUUCUUAGCCCUCACCCAGCAGAACAAGGCUGUUAGUACCACAGCACGGGACAGAAAUCUCCCCACUCUUCAGUACCCCCCACCCCCUGUCUGCUGGCCCUGCCUGUGCCCCCUCACCGUCAGUGUCUGCCAGGGAGACCAGAAGGAUGGAGCCCGGCAGGACUCAGAUAAAACUUGACCCCAGGUACACAGCAGAUCUUCUGGAGCUGCUGAAAACCAACUACAGCAUCUCCUCUGCCUGCUUCUCUUACCCACCCACUGCAGCCCAGCUCCUGAGAGAAUUGGGCCCAUUGGAUAUUGCCCUCACCAUCAUCUUGACCUUUUUUACCGUGGGUUCAGUUGCCAUCUUCGUGGAGGAUGCUAUUUAUCUGUACAAGAACACCCUUUGCCCCAUCAAGAAGAGGACUCUGAUUUGGAGUAGCUCUGCACCUACGGUGGUGUCUGCGCUCUGCUGCUUUGGUCUCUGGAUCCCUCGAGCCCUCACACUCGUGGAAAUGACCAUAACCGCGUUUUAUGCUGUAGUCUUUUACCUGCUGAUGCUGGUCAUGGUGGAAGGCUUUGGUGGGAAGGACUCAGUUCUGAAGACGUUGCAGGACACCCCAAUGAGGGUGCACACGGGUCCCUGCUGCUGCUGCUGCCCCUGCUGCCCACCGCUCAUGCUUACCAGGAGGAAGCUUCAGCUGCUGAUGUUGGGCCCUUUCCAGUAUGCCUUCUUGAAGAUAAUGCUGACCAUAGUGGGCCUGUUUCUCAUCCCUGAUGGCAUCUUUGACCCAUCAGACAUCUCUGAGAAGAGCACAGCUCUGUGGAUCAACACUUUCCUGGGCGUGUCCACGCUGUUUGCUCUCUGGUCCCUGGCCAUCCUUUUCCGUCAAGCCAAGGUGCACCUGGGUGAACAGAAUAUGGGGUCCAAGUUUGCUCUGUUCCAGGUUCUUGUCAUCCUGACUGCCCUGCAGCCCUCCAUUUUCUCCGUCUUGGCUAGUACCGGGCAGAUUGCUUGCUCGCCUCCUUAUUCUUCUAAAAUCAGGUCUCAAGUAAUGAACUGUCACAUGCUCAUACUGGAGACCUUCCUGAUGACGGUGCUGACACGGAUGUACUAUCGAAGGAAAGAUGACAAGAUUGGGUACCAGAGUUGUUCGGCACCAGACUUGGACUUGAAAAUCAAAGCCUGAGAGUGGCUUGGACUAUGGGAAAGACACUGUCCUCCUCAGAAGAGCAUGUGAUUUCUGUCCUUCCACCUUAACCAGUGCAGGCUGGCAGCUUUCAUGUGACAUAGGGAUGAAGGUAAAGUGCAGUAUGCCAAACUGUCUUGAGUUUUGCUCAGGGAAGGCACUUGAAGUUUUGUAAUGAAGAGAGACUGCAUUGGCACACUGCUUCUGGGGGUGCAUGCCAUUAUUCGUCACCCUGAGGCUUCUAGGGUGCAUGCCACUAUUGGUCACCCUGAGGCUUCUGGGGUGCAUGCCACUAUUGGUCACCCUGAGGCUUCUGGGGUGCAUGCCACCAUUGGUCACCCUGAGGCUUGUAAGGUGCAUGCCACCAUUGGUCACCCUGAGGCUUCUGGGGUGCAUGCCACUAUUGGUCACCCUGAGGCUUCUGGGGUGCAUGCCACUAUUGGUCACCCUGAGGCUUCUGGGGUACAUGCCACUAUUGGUCACCCUGAGGCUUCUGGAGGUGCAUGCCACUAUUGAUCACCCUGAGGCUUCUGGGGUGCAUGCCACUAUUGGUCACAUAGAGCUUUUGCACAGCAGAAUAAAGGGGAGAAGAGUAA